ACAGUACGAUACUGAACAAGAAACAACUCAGCAAGCUUUGGUCCUCCGAGGUCAACCAUCCGCUUCAUCGAUGGCGUCUCAGCAAAACUGUACAGAGCCAAAUCGGGAGGACCUUCCUUUAGUUCUGCUGCACUACCAACCACCAUUUGAUAUCCAUAUCUUUAAACACCAUCUACGGCCUUACUUCCGUCUUCUCGACCCAUCCGAGUUACCGGAACCCACCAACCCCUUCUCCAGCCGCGCAAAAUCUCUACGUGCUCUCGUCAGCGUUGGUAUCUUCCCUGUCACCCGUGAAACCCUCUCCCUUCUACCUUCUCUUGAACUCGUUGUGGGCUCCAGUGCCGGCGUCAACCACAUUGACCUGCAGGAGUGCCGCCGCCGUGGUAUUGCUGUCACCAACACCGGCCCUGCCUUUUGUGAGGACGCGGCCGAUUAUGCGGUGGCACUGUUAAUUGAUGUUCUAAGAAGACUAUCGGCCUGUGACCGAUACGUCCGAGAUGGGUUGUGGCCUGAAAAGGGAGACUAUCCGCUUGCUUUGAAGUUGGGGGGGAAGCGAGUCGGAAUUGUGGGGCUGGGAAAUAUUGGUUCUGAAGUUGCAAAAAGGCUUCUAGCUUUUGGAUGCAGCAUUGCCUACAACUCGAGGAGGAAGAAGGAUUCUGUUUCAUUCCCCUACUACGCCAACGUUAGUGACCUUGCAACAAACAGUGAUGUUCUCAUCCUUUGUUGUCCACUGACGGAUGAAACACGCCAUAUGAUCAAUAAGGAUGCCAUGAAUGCACUGGGAAAGGAAGGAGUCAUAAUCAACAUCGGACGUGGGGCUCUAGUAGAUGAGAAGGAACUGGUGCAGUUCCUGGUUAAUGGGGAUAUCCGUGGUGCAGGUCUUGAUGUGUUUGAGAAUGAGCCUCAUGUGCCGGAGAAGCUAUACGCAUUGGAUAAUGUUGUUCUUUCUCCACACCGUGCUGUUAUAACCCCAGAAUCGUUUGAAGCAGCGGUGAAACUUGUCCUUGCCAACUUGAAAGCAUUCUUUUCAAAUGAACCUCUGCUGUCACCUGUACAAAAUUGAUGACCAUACCGUCAGUCAAUCGAUACAGCUUUACAGAACCAACUUGAGGGAAUUUCCCGUCAAUCUAUUAGAUGGGAUUUAUGGAUGAACAUUAGAAAAAGACUAUUCAAGUUUCAUAUUCUAUGUAAGGAAUGGGUACAAUAUAUGGACCCAGAAAGAAUUUCUGUCAUGUUUGUUUC